UUUCUACGAAAUUGGAUUGAUGAAUGCAACAGGAUUCUCUUGAGAAGAAAUAAAUCUGCUCUGCCUAAACGAGUCAACGAAACAAUCACCCCCACCACACCCGCUGAGAAGGCGCGCAUCAUCCUUCCAGCAGGUGUAUUCGAAAGGGAUGAUCUUCUUCACUGCGACAUGAUUAUUGGAGGGCUUUCAAUAGUCGUAUUCUUCUCCGAGCUGGAUUGGACAUACAGAGAUCUUCCACGAAGAGACUAUGAUUUAGCUAUGGAUGCACUUAUCAAUCUAGAUGAGAAGAUCUCUGUAGGUAAGGUGAUCUGG